UUGGCAUUGUGGGAGAGGAGGCGGGGCUUGGCGUGGGGCUGCUCGCCGCAGCUUCUUUCCCUUGGCAGACUCCAGGAGGUGGGCAUCCUUCACUUCAGUGGGAGGACAGCGGCACCAUGCAGGCGGCUGGCAAGGGCUCAGGUGGUACAGGAGGCACAGACGGCCAGGGCGGUGACCCUGGGCGUUCCAGAAGGCGGUACGACUGCGGAGCUGAGCGCCCUGCUGAGGGGGCAGCAGCUCCACAGGCCGAGGGGCCAUUGCAGGCCCCUGGGCAAGGUGUAGAGCUCUCCGCCUCAGCCCAGGCAUCAGCCGCCGCCGCACAGGGCCAGGAAAGCCAAGUGCGGGAGUUUCGCCUGACGGUGUCAUUCCCGUCAAUCACGGACGCCGAGAUCGCCCUGCGAUACCUGGCUCCAGAUACCCACCCCUUCAGAGGGGUGGUGCGCCGGCAGUUCACACUGAUUGGCAACAAGAUGGUCAUCCGCAUAGCUGCCGAAAACCCUGGUCUUCUUCAGAUGUCCAUCACCUCCUUGAUCAACCAGCUGUCCCUGGUGAUGCAAGCCAUGCAGCGCUUUGGGUCCGAGGGGAAGGCUCAAAAUGGCAGAAGGCUCUGAGGACUAACCCCGGGCCUGGCCUGGCUACUACUGUAGUAGUAGCCACUGCAUGUUGGGGGAGGGAGAGCUUAAUUGUUUAUUUGGAGUGGCCCUUGGUGCUCCCCACCCCUCCCCAUUUGCCUUGAUACCUGUUGGUUAGUGCUGGAAACAAGGCCGGCCUUGUGCUGUCACUUUGA